AUGGCGGGCUUGGUUUUGACGUUCGUCGAUGCCGCAAUUUCAAUAGGAUCGAUCAUUUCGGGCUUAAUCCAAAACAAUAAGGCCGAACAAGAUUUCCGCAACCAAUGGACACCGGCAGCGGCAGGACAGCUUGCUACAGAUAACCCUGGGAAGAAUAUAAUGGUCGUAUACACGGAUCAUGACGCUAGCGGUCUCGUGGGGGUCGAAAAGAAGGCUCUACAGUGUGAUUGUCCCACAGGAACCUCGCUGGCGUAUGUGGUGUACAUCUUUGACGAAGGGCCAUUUCAUCUCAAAGGAGAUGGUGGCUUUUUGAACUGGGCCUUCAAUGGAAACUUUGACAGAGAUGGUAGCAAUGCAAGGUUAUCCCACAUACUGGUCACCUUUAAGAAGACGCAACAAGCUAUACAGAUGGAAGAGCAGAAGAAGGCAGAUGAAGCUCGUGCUGCAGAUGAAGCAAAGAAGGCCGAGGAGGCCCGCGUUGCAGAAGAACAAAGGAAGGCUGAGGAGCAAAAGAAAGCAGACGAAGAGAAGAAAAAGGCAGAGGAGGAGAAGAAAGCGGAAGAGCAGAAGAAAGCGGAAGAGCAGAAGAAGGCUGAAGAGCAGAAGAAGGCUGAAGAGGAGGAGAUGGCUCGUCAAAACCAACAGCCACAAUAUAGCCAAGGACGCCCAGAUCAGCAGGGAUAUGAAUAUCCAUAUGGCCAGGAGCAAUAUGGCCAGGAGCAAUAUGAUCAGGAGCAGUAUGGCCAAGAGCACGUUGGCCAGGAGCACGAUGGCCAGGAGCACGAUGGCCAGGAGCACGAUGGCCAGGAGCACGAUGGCCAGGACCACUAUGGUCAGGAAGAAGAAGGUUUGUACGGGCAGGGAGACCCACAGCAAUACGGUGAACAUAACCAAGGAUAUCAACCCACGCACGAAGAAGGCUACGAAGACCCUUUCAAUCCACAAGAUGGUGCAGGCCAUCACGAGGACGGUCAUUUAUAUGGACAGGAAGGAUCCCAGCAAUAUGGGCACGAAGAAGAAGACCAAUAUGCACCGGAAGAUUCGCACCAGUAUCCACAAGAACAUCCUGCAUACGCCCAGUAUGGCAGCCAACCGUAUGAACAAGAAGAAGGCCAGCAAUAUGGAGACGACCCAGAAGGGGCAUAUCCCGAAGGAGAUCAUCAGUAUGGGCAGGAAUCCGAUGCGGCAUAUCCACAGGGCGGCUACGGAGACCUUCCAUAUCCGGAAGAACAGGGAGGAUACCACGAGACGCAAGGAGAUGGUGAAGCCUACCCACACGAGAUGGAUGCGUAUCCGCCCCAGGAAGGCGGCGGUGCGUAUGGACAACAGGGUGCAUAUGGGCAACAGCCCGUUGCCUCCUAUGCUCACUAG